AAAAGAUUGUAUGCCAUACCCAAGCGGAUGCUUCAAGAGACAUUGUGUGGUUCAGUCAGUGCUUUUAUCUUUUUACCAUUGCAACAACAUAUUCCAAUAGGGGCUAGGUCCUAGACAGAAGAAGGCCAUGGAACAGAGCCACAGCGAAUGUUGAUACACCUAAAUAAGCACAAUCAUAGGUGGAGACGUAGGGCGAGGCCACGAAGGGAGUUACGUGGGCAAACAUUUCCGCAUGGGAUUCAUGACAAUGCCUGCUCCUCAGGACAGACUUCCCCAUCCUUGCUCCAGUGGGUUUUCUGUGAGAUCACAGUCCCUGCACUCAGUCGGAGGUACAGAUGACGACAGCAGCUGUGGCUCCCGGAGACAGCCACCACCCAAACCCAAGCGGGACCCUAGCACCAAGCUGAGCACCUCAUCAGAGACAGUCAACAGCACAGCAGCCUGUAAGGGUGGGAAAGUCCCUGAGAGAACUGAAGCCCCGGCCAAACCCAGACCCCACAGUGAUGAAUAUUCAAAGAAGAUUCCUCCUCCGAAACCCAAACGAAAUCCCAACACUCAGCUUAGCACGUCUUUCGAUGAAACCUAUGUCAAAAAGCAUGGGCCUAGGAGGACGUCGCUCACGCGGGACUCCUCCCUUUCCCAGAUGAGCAGCCCCGCGGGAGACACUGAGGAAGAGGAGCCUGUGUACAUCGAGAUGGUGGGCAACAUUCUCAGAGACUUCCGGAAAGAGGAGGACGACCAGAGUGAGGCAGUCUAUGAGGAAAUGAAAUACCCCAUCUUCGAUGACUUAGGCCAAGACUCCAAAUGUGACUUUGACCAUCACAGUUGUUCUUCGCAGUGUGCUACCCCCACAGUGCCUGACUUGGACUUCGCCAAGUCCUCAGUGCCAUGUACUCCAAAGGGUUUGCUUUGUGACAUCCCCCCACCUUUCCCCAACCUGCUUUCCCACCGACCUCCACUCCUGGUGUUUCCACCAGCUCCCGUGCAGUGUUCCCCCAAUUCUGACGAGUCUCCGCUGACUCCACUCGAGGUCACAAAGCUUCCUGUGUUGGAAAAUGUGUCUUACAUGAAACAGCAGGCUGGAGCGUCUCCAUCCUCACUGCCAUCUCAUACUUCCGGCCAUUCCAAGCUGGAGAAAGACCAGGCGGGCGUCCUAGGACCUGCUUCUGCUGCUUCUGUACUCUCCUCCUCCCCUCCUCAUCCUUCCACUUUGUACCGAACGCAGUCUCCACACGGCUAUCCUAAAAGUCAUUCUGCUUCUCCUUCACCUGUUAGCAUGGGGAGGUCCCUUACUCCCUUAAGCCUCAAAAGGCCGCCCCCUUACGACGCUGUGCAUUCCGGCAGCCUUUCAAGGAGCUCUUCAUCAGUGCCUCAUUCGACCCCCAGACCAGUGUCGCAAGAUGGGGCCAAGAUGGUCAACGCUUCAGUGAACACCUACGGGGCGACUCAGAGCGGCUCCCGGUCCAGAACACCCACGAGUCCUUUGGAAGAACUUACCAGCCUCUUUACCUCCGGACGUAGCCUGCUGAGGAAGUCCUCCAGUGGCCGACGUUCUAAAGAGCCCGCGGAGAAAUCAACAGACGAGCUGAAAGUCCGAAGCCACAGCACGGAGCCAAUACCAAAGCUGGACAGUAAAGAGAGAGGGCAUCAUGGGGCAUCUUCCUCCAGAGAGCCUGGCAAAGCUCAGGAAUGGGAUGGAACACCAGGACAACCUGUGGUGACCAGUAGACUGGGAAGAUCCUCUGUGAGUCCCACCUUGUUAGCCGGAAACCACAGUUCAGAGCCUAAGGCAAGCUGCAAGUUAGGCCGGUCUGCAUCCACAUCAGGUGUGCCUCCUCCAUCAGCUACUCCUCUCAGGCAAACCAGUGACCCACAACAGAGCCAGGUGGCAUGCAUGCCGUGGUUUCACGGAGACCAUACAAUGCUUGAGAUGAUUGAGAAAAAGCGUUGCUUGUGCAAGGAAAUAAAGGCUAGACAGAAAACGGAAAAGGGACUUUGCAAACAGGAUAGCAUGCCCAUCCUACCCAGCUGGAAGAAGAACGCAGGCGCAAAGAAGUACAGCCCUCCACCCUAUUCUAAGCAGCAAACGGUAUUCUGGGAUACUGCCAUCUGACUGUGUACGGGGUAGCUUGAACGCCACAAGACCGCGUUACUUAAUGCGAACAGGAAGAUCGUCUCGGUCGUGUGAGAAUUGGCUCUGCCAUACCUUCUCUGUUAGGUCGGAAUGCCAGAGCUGCCCUGGAAAACCCACGGGAGCAGUGCUCACUUGUGGCAAGUUCAAGAUAAAUGUCUAUUUCCUUGCAAUGAAGGCACGCUUAUUUAUCUCGGAUUAUUUUAAAUCCAGAAGAUAUUAAGAUGUAAAUAUUUUACUCGUUUAUGGGUGACAUCCAAAAUAGUACACAUUAUACAUAUAGAAAUUACAGAAAUAUCAAGAGUUUUCCUAUAUAAUAUAAUUUCGGGAUUAACUGAUUUGUUAUCUCUUUUAUAUGUACUCCCCUGAUGCCUUUUAUUGUUAUUUUUUGCAUUGGAAAUGUGUUUUUUUCUGCCCACCUUUGGCUUCUGUACAAGAGCUCACAGCUAGAAAUCAUGUUCAACCGUAAUAUAUGAAUUAAUCUGGUGCUAGUAAUGCAGAAGGUGAAUAUCACAUUCAUUAGGAGGAUCUGUUGCUUUUUGAGUUUUCGAGGGUUUGAUGGAAAAUGACUGCAAAUGUGAUGCUUAGUCUGACAUUCAUGUGGCAUUGACUCCUGUAGUUUUGCUACAUUGGUUUAUAAGAAUUUCUCCUCUAUAUCCUCUUAUGUAUAUGCCACAAUGGUUGGUCAGAGUCCAGAGGAAGUUAUCAGGGUAUAUUUAGACAAGCCAGCAGAAAACAUUUCCUGCAGAACUAAUUUGGGUACAGGUGUCUUGGCAUCAGUGAUCUGAUUGGAGGAGACCAGGGUUCACUGUGACAAUGGAAGGAACAAGGAAUCAGAAGCUACAGAGCAUGAUUGCUUUCAAGAUGGUGGGGACAGUGUCAUCCUAGUCACUGCUAUCACCAUUUUUAAGUAACUUUUAUGUGAAUGUUUGUUUGCCCCCCACCCCUGAAGCUGAGAAAUGAAACUUCAAAGAGAUAGGUUUACAUAUUUUAGCGCGCUAAAUGCAAAUCUUUAUUACAUAUUUUAGCACGCUAAAUACAAAUCCUUUUCAAAAUUUAGGUCCACUAAUGAAAAGGUAGUCCUUGUUAAUUUCUCAAACUAGUUAUUGCAGCAUUUUGGGGUCAUAAUCCGUGCAUGCUCAUGCCCAUUUUCACCAAUUAUGACACCAUGACCAAAGAAUGAUGACCUCUUAUUUAUUUUAUUUUGUUUCGAAGAAGAAACAGGAAAUGCAGGAGACUGGGGAUGGGGUGGAUUCAAUUUUCCGUGGUGGUGAAAUUUAAGUUAAAAAGAAAAAAACAUAUAUAUCUUUUAAUAGUAACUUGUUAGUUGGAUAUAAAUAGUGUCAUGGAUGAAUAAAAAGGAAACUAUCACAUAUAUUUUGUAUAUUUAAAUUGCUAUUUAUGCUUCCUAAAAUCGACAGUAUGUGGUUCCUCUCUAACAAUCACUUUAGUAUUAUAUUUCUGAGAGAAAAGGUAUGUGUUUGAUGUUAUUGUCAUAGUGGUUUUCUCGUAAGGGUAUUGACAGCGAUAGGAUAGUGCUGCUCAAUAAGACCAAAUAUAACAGGAUUUAGGAAAUUUUUGUAAUCUAUAUUGCUAAAAAAAAUUAAAAAUCUAGUGAUGCUUUAUCAGUAAUAGUUCCUUCCAAGCCUUGGAAAUGUUAUAAAAUAAUUUUUAAUAUUUUAUAGUUAAUGUAUAUUUUGAUGUCCAAUUAGAAGCAAAAAGGGUAAAUUGGGAGCGUGUGUAUCUGUUGUGUGUGUGUCUGUGUGUCUGUGUGUGUGCCCACACACAUGCACGAAAGUGUGAAUGAGCACACAGUGGGAGAAUUUUAUACAUAAAAUACUGAAAUCUUCGGUUGUGUUUGCUUAACAGAGGUGGUUUAAAAAAAAAAAAAAGCAGAAUCUCAAGUACAGGAAAUCAGGGCAGGAUCUUCAGUAGCUUAAAUAAAUCCUGCUGUCAUGUUUCACCCAUAACAGAUUAUGUUUCAAAUCCAACAAUCCAUGGAGCACACAUUUAAGAGUGAUGAAAAUGUGUUAAGAGCAAAUCAGAAUGGAAAUAAAACGUGUUUAUGACCCAAGAUAUUAUCCUGACUUAAGUCAUGAAGACCACAAAUAUAAAGCUAGUUAAUCAGACAUAAGACAAGGAUUCUUGUCAUCUUUUUUUUUUUUUUUAUCUUUGUGCAUAUAUUUUCAGGCUCAGCAUAAUAAUAUUUGCUCCUCCCUUGAAAUUUAUAUUUGGGUAACAACUUUCUACGGGGAGAUGAAAGUGUAUUUUUCAGAUGUCAAUCUUUCCCAUAGCUCUGUGAAUUCAGAAGAGGACAUUUUAAUACUGGCCACUUGUCCAGAAGGAAAGAGAGGCACUAAACUGCUUUGUGUUGUAUCUAGUCAUUUCCAUUUGUUCUGCCAAACUCAUGACGUUGCCAGGUGUCAUGAGCUCCUUUUUCAGACACGUUGUUUUCUGCAGUGGUAACUUGUCUGAAAUCUGAUCUCAGGUAGCCAUUUCACCUAAUCGCUCCAAAUCCCACCUUAAAUGGAAAGUAAAUGAAGGAUCUGGGAAGUGGCUUCACUGAUUUUUGACUCAAGAACUGUGAUUCUAUGCCUAUACAACUCUCCGUUGUGGCUUAGCCUAUGUGGCAAGAAUUCUAUAAUUAAUUUCCUCUUUGUGUCGUGUUUCUCCAUGUGGAGAAAAAGAGGUUAUUAAGGAUAGAUAGAUAAAUAAGCUGGCUCUCCAGUGGCAGUCAAUCAGGACACUUCAAUCUAUGAAUCUGGUUAGAUGAUAAAAAUUUAUACUUACAGCCAGAAGACUCGGGGUGCUAAAGCUAAUAAUUGUAGCAGUCCCAAAGAACAAAUCAUAUCACGACAUAGUCAUCGCUUUGAAAGAGCUCAUAUCUACGAAAAAAUCAUGUUUUCACAGCAUGUUUUAUAGAGACCAAAUUUCAUUGGCUAUCAACCAAGAUGCUUUUGUAUGUGGAAUACUUUUUUAUAGAAGAAACAAAUUUCUUGAGAAUUCAUGAAAGAGAAAAACUAAAACUUGUGUUCCUGCCCAAAGAGAGAAGCCAGCAACUUCUGAGCUAUAAUAGUAGUUCUUUAUAUAAACACUGCCACCCUUUACCCCACAUUCAUGCUACUGAAGUGAGUUUAGAAUACACAGCAAUAUUUGUAUGUGUUGAUGAGGGCUGAUGCCCAUCCGCGUAAAAUAGUUGUGUAAGUAAAACAAAAUAAAACAGCAAGUAGUUAAAACGUCUGGCUUUAAAUAAUCUACAUAAUCAAAUACUUGGCAAUUAUCUGGAUACAACUUGACUUUUCAAAAUUGUGACACUAGGACCUCAGAGACACUGAGGCCCCAAAUAAAGUUUUCUUCGAAUGCUUCCAGAGAGUUGAACAUUGGUCCUACUCUGUUUUGUCUUCCUUAGCAUCCACACACUGAGUUUGGUUUGUUUCUUUUGAGCUAGAUUAGUGACCUAGUAAAUAAAACUAAACAACCCCAUUGGCUUUUUGUUUUACGUGAUCAAAGAGAUCAAAGCAAUGCACAUAGAAACACCAUUUUAAUACCACUUUUAUGUUAAAGUCAAUCAGUUCCCUAAAAUAGAAAGAUCUUGUAAGCUCACUAAGUUUACUUACCCGCUGCUGUUGAGUCGAUUCCGACUCAUAGCGACUCUAUAGGACAGAAUAGAACUACUUGUGAACAUAAAAUUCCUGUGAUUUAAACAGUAAGCACCUUGUGGUGGUGCAAUGGUUAAAGCACUCAGCUGCUAACCAAAAGUUCAGCAGUUUGAACCCCCCAGGGGCUCCACAGGAGAAAAGAUCUGGUGAUCUACUGCCUUAAAGAUUACAGGCGAGGAAACUUCAUGGGACAGUUCUACUCUGUCCUAUACGGUUGCUAUGAUUCCAAUUCGGUGGCACACAAAGACCACAACAAUCUAUAAUGGGGAUAAUUCACUCUUGCCAAGGAGUAGAAAUAGAAUAGCAAUCCACAAUUCACUGUGUCCUAAACUUACACAGAAAUGGACGAAAAAUGGUACCUAUAGUGUUUCAGAUUGACCCACUACAUAUCCUUUCCUGUACAGGAAAAUAGCUAGUUGUAAAAUGUGCACAAUUUAUUAUUAUUCAUCAAUUAUUUGUUCCACAGUUAAUUAUUGUGUAACUCAUGUGUCAUCACUUCUCGUUUUUGAUUUCUGAAGCGCUGGUCAUUAAAUAUUGGAAAAAAAAAAUGUGGUCCCUGCCUGCAACGAGCUUAACUGUGUCAUCAAGAUUUUCAAAACAAAGUGAAUUGUUUUUAAGAAGAUACACAAUUUCACCUGCUUGAUAUCUCCCGUGUCUCUAUACGUGGUAUUCUCUUAUUUUUCAGAUCAAGUGUACAGUCAAAAUAAAAUAUUAGAACAUAUUACAGUUAAUGUCUAGGUAUAAAAUAUGUUUAUGUGUAAGCCUCUGUGUACACACGCAAUGUGUAAAUCAGUAAAAGGGUAACACGUUCUGCCAUGUUGGACUUGAACAUUAUGGCUUGGGGUUUGGAUUGAUUUCAAACCCUUUUAUAUUUGGGUCAUUGAUAUCCUUGAAAAAUGUGUCUAAUCUGGAAGAAGUCUGAUUCAAUUUCCCCUUAAAGAGUACAAUGUUUCAAGCUUAAGGGAAAAUAAAUUUAAAGAAAUAAGAGGUGGGGUUUAUCUCAUCCAAACGUACGUGAAAAUCCUUUUGAGAGGUUCAGUGAUUCCCAAAUAUGACUGGGUUUGCCCACCCUACAAGCAUCCACAUUUACCCAUGUCUACACCCACGUACAGUAUACAUACUGUAUAUAAUAUAUAAGAAAAUGUUUCGUAUGCACUUCUUUUUUUUGGAACUCUUUAAGUUAACAUUUCUAGUGUAGCUAUUUGUGUAAAGUCCACUGUGAUUAUAAAAAUGCAAAGCACAGUAAGGUCACAGGUCUUGUUUCUUGCACUAAAAAUGUGUUUACGUAUUUAGCAACUGUCUGUUUACUUUCUUGCUCUUUUCAGCCAAUCCAGACAAGUAGCUGUUGCUAAAAUGAUAUAAAAUAAUGUUUUGUUUUGUUUUUUUUUAGUGGAUAAUGGCACUGCAUUUUUAAAAGACAGGGUUUUUAAAAUAAACCAUUUAACAUCCAUUCCAAUAUAACCUGUUACCAUCUCUAAAAAUCUGAACGUCAUAUUGCAUUUUUUUCAUAACUCAUUAGAAGUGUCAGGUAUGUGCCUGGAAAAUUGUGCAAAUAAGCAUUAGAUAACAGAUUUCUCUACUUAUGUGUUGUUAGCCAUUUCUAUCUACCUAAUGAUAUAAACACUGAUGUUUUCAUUUCUCUUAAUUUUUGUACUUGAUUUUUUUAGGUACUAUGUAAUUAUAAACGUACUUUGAUACUACUGAAGUAACCGGAUGUUGUUUGAAAACAAAUUGUUCUCUUAGUGCAUUGGCAAUAUUUUACAAUACUUUUGUGCUUAUUUAUUUGUGCUCCCGUGUAAUUAUAAUAAAAGCAAUAGUUUAAAUUAGUUGCCUUUGUCAUUGCUGGUAUUUGUUCAUCAAGAAAAGAGAUCAAUGAAAACGCUUGUAAAGAAAA